AUGGCGUUCUUCCUCAUUUGUCCCCGUUUUCGAAGAUACUGGAAACCCUCCGACUCGGACACAGGACGCUCCUACCAGUUGAAUCCGGCUAGGCCGUCACCAGAUGGAGACCCUGAGGGCAUUUCCUCGACGAGGGAAGAUGCGCACUCUAAUCACCACAGAGGCUCCAGUGGCUUGUCUGACAGACUGCGCAGGCGUUUCUCCCGAGAAGCCAAAGACCUGCGUGUGAAGCCGAGAACGCAGAGAAAGUCGGGGUCCCCUGGGUUUCCGUUCUCGUCCAAACUGGCCAACACCAGUAAGGGAGUGAGUACUCCAGACGACAUUGGGAGCAGUCUGAUGAGCGAAAGAGGAUAUGACAGCGAUGCGCAGUUCAUCAGCACACCGAAGCAGAUUAGCCACACCAGAGAUCAUCCAACCAAUACACGUAUCGUCCAGGAAACUGUCUCCCCUUUGAGGCAGGAGAUCGAGCGGGAAGAAUCAUAUGAGCAAGGUCAUGGCCUGGAGAGUGAAGCAAUGGCAAACGCACGAGUAGACCGUGCCGUAAUGGAAGAACCACAACCGACUUUUCAUUCGAGGAACCAGACAUCUUGGGCUACCCAGUCAUCAGGCUCUUCUGCUUUUCGUGCGGACGACGGGAGUCGUCGAGCCAGAGUUGCAAGACCUCAGAGAGGCGUAGGCGGCAGUCCCGUUCAGAGUAAGAGAAAUGGACCGGUGUAUCCGCAGCAAGGAUAUCGUCCGCCACUUCGAAUGGCUACACCUGACCCCGGUAUACCUAGACAUGGCUCAGGUUAUUCGAGUCCGAUUUCUCCAGUGCCGUUUCCUUAUACCACAUCGGCAGACUCACUGGCUGGGCCAUCACAGAUCUCAGUCAGGAAAAGACGGCGGCAGCCCCCAACAGGAACCAUGUCAGAUAACUGUUCCAUUCACCUUGGUGACAUGAACAUCCCGACGAUGUUGGCAUCUUGUUCGACAUCGCCUCGUAUUCUAUCCCCCAAACACUCAUUUGAUGAGAACAGGUGGGCUAGCAAUGCAGGGACGUGGAAUGCGCCCCAGCCCUCUUAUGACUCUUCUGGGGAUGCACCAGGAAACACACUAUUCAGCCAUACGACAGGUCCAAGAUUUAGAAGGGCCCCGGUAGACCAGUCUUCCUCGUGCUAUUCUCCCAAGACCAGCCUGUCGUCUACCGGCAUCCCAAUCGACUCUGCAAAUAAACGAAAUUAUCAGCCUACUACCAAGGAAUUGAUUGCAGAGCCUAUUGCAGGUUUCAACUGCUCCCCUGGUUCAUUCCUCGUGGACCCUCAUCAUACCUCUGCUGUAGACAGCUACGAUACUAAGAAAGUUGAGUCGCAGAAAAGCAAGUUCACCGAGCGAUUUGAGCAAGACCGGUCAAUGGCCUCUCUUGGACAUGGCCUUCAUGGCUCAGAUACCGAUCCUGCAUCCCCUCGCAAGGUGAGUGUUGGAUGGAUGUCGGGCGGACGGCGCCUUGGAUACGGGUACACCAUGGUUCCCGCAAAUGAUGGAAUCGAUCAACCUUCAGGAAGUCCCAAACCUGGUGAGACCGGUAUGUCGGAAAUGGCAGCCAUAAAUGCCGGUUCCCAAGGUGAUUUGUUAAGGCGUGUUGAAAGUGGAUCUACUGGGCAGACCAGGAAAACGUCUCCCAGGACGGGGGAUCCCAGUUUUGACAUAUCGAGCAUCAUGAGCCGCAUGCGUCUUCGCAGCUUGUCUAGUGCUCUUAGCGAAGCCGGGAGUGAUUCUAUAAAGUUCUCGCUAUUAGAGAAGCUCAAGCGAAAGAAGGACCAGGGUGAUGAGGUCGCAGAUGCCAAAAACCCUUGGGACUUUUGCUCCUGGGUUGACCCAAACCAGCCGGUGAGUGGCCAAUCAAGCCCGCAGAAGAGCUCGUCAGUCUCCACCAAGAGUACGGAAGGACGACCUGUAGGAAGAUGGGCGACGUUGCGGCGUACAGGGAGUCUCUUGACGAAGGGCCGCAGCGUGUCGGCGAUUACGCGCGGGCUUGAGGCAAAAGCGAUUACGAGGAUGACAACGCCGGCCGGGCGAUAUCCCGUGGCACGAAGAAAGGAGGGUCGAAUGCUAAAAUUCAAGGUCCUAGACCGUAAAAAGAAGGCCAGGAGUGCUGACGAUAAUGUCCCUAUCGUUCCCAUGGCGCAGUCGCAUGGAAGCGCCGAUUCCGGAGAAUGCCAGGACGGGCAUGUUGACAAGGAACAGAUGAUCGACACAGGUGCUGGAAUGGCAGAAAGGGAUCGGCACCGCUCUUCAGACAAGACUGGAUCGGACGCUAUCACAGACGAUUGGAAGAGCACUUACCAAGACUGCCAGGAAAUGCUCGGGUAGGAUUCGGGCAUCUAUAUAUUGAUGCCGCCAGAGCGCACAAGGUCCUCCACAGCAUGAUUAACAGCGUAGGAUUGGAUGCAACAUGAGCUGUUACCAACCAAUCACUAUUUUCAACUACAUCUGCAACCGCUGGUUGCCUCCAAGAAAGCAAAAUCCACCACCAAGGUGCUCGGGAAGAUUGGAACGGACCAAUAUCGAU